AUGUGGACCAGUCUCAGGCAUCUGAAUAUUGGUAAUUGUUUUGGGAUUGAGGAUGAGGGGCUCGAGCAUCUGACGGAUUUAGUGGCUCUGACCCACCUGGACGUGUCCACAGAUUACAACAUAAGAGAUUUGACGUGCAUGAUGAUUACGGAUGAAGGCAUGAAGCACGUGGAGAAAUUGACAGCCCUCAGGCACCUGUCGCUUGCCGGUUGUCGGUUGAUAGGUAGUGAGGGCUUCCGGCGGCUGAGGAGCUGCGCAAAUCUCGAGCAUUUGAACUUGGAUGAAUUUGGGGCACUGCCUGAUGCGUGCAUGCAGUGCGUGGGAAUGCUGUCCUGUCUCACUACCCUUAGUUUGUAUGAUUGCCGCCUUGACUCUGGGUUGUGCCACAUUUCGGCGCUGAAGAGUCUUCGACACCUGAACUUGGGUUUAUGUGGCCAAGUAACAAACGGGGGGUUGGACAUAUUGGAGGGGCUUGAAGCUCUGAGACACCUAUCGCUUUUCUGCUGCACCCAAGUAUCUGACGAGGGACUCAGGUACGUGGGGAUGUGCGGGAAGUUGGAGUACUUGAAUAUCAGCUCCGUGGGCCGAAUAACAGACGAGGGCAUGCGGCAUGUGUUGAAGCUGAGAUCUUUGACGUCUCUUGACCUAUCCGAGUCCCUAGACGUCACCGACCGUGGGCUUGACGAAAUCUCAGGGUUGGUGAGCCUCCAGGACUUGAACUUGAAGCGCGCCGGUAUCUCAGACAGGACCUUGGAGCGUUUGGGAAAUUUAGAAGGCCUUCGGAGGCUGAACUUGAGUUGCCUCUCCAAUAUUACCGAUGGAGGCUUGGUCCAACUGGCAAGAUUGACUGCACUUAAGGAGCUAAAUCUCGAGUAUUGUGAAUUGGUAAGUGCAGAUGGAGAAGCGUACCUGAGGGAAUGCCUCCCCUGCUUGUGA